AAAAGCGACAGGUAGCCCGCAUUAUUCUCUGUCGCAAGAAGGGUUCCAGACAUCUGGGAUGGAUUUGUUUAAUUUUAGGUCGCUUGUCAUUUUGCUGUCAGCAGUUGGAUGCUGCAACGGGCAGAGCGUACUCCCAGCAGGCCCGUUGCAGGGAGUACAGGGAAAGAACGUCACGUUCAAAACCCUCAUCAUGCCCACAGAUGUAGGCGACUUUAUCACAGUAUCUUGGAAUUUCAACGGAGGUAGUGGACUUGUACCUGUUGUCACUUCUGCGCCCAAAGGAGAGACAGUUGGCGCAGGCUACGCAGGAAGAGUGUCACUGAAUUCAUCCACCGGCGUAUUGAAGCUGGGACCCUUGACCGCGAAGGAUAGCGGGGACUAUGCGGUGACCAUGGUCACAAGUGCUGCAGUACAGCGCACAGGUGUAACGGCGCUCAAAGUUCUAGAACCGGUCGCUGUCGUGACCAUCAAGUCCAACCUGAAUGAAGCGGUCGAGUUCAACAGCACUGUGGUCUUGACCUGUUCGGCCAAAGGCUCCUUCCUCGUGUACAAGUGGCUCAACGGCACCGCCCCACUGGUCGCCGAUGGGAAUCAUGUGACUUUGAGUGCAAACGCAACAGUGCUAACCGUGGCUGGAGUGUUCAGGGAGGAUCUGGUUGGACCCAUCUACUGCACAGUCUCCAACAAAUUAGAGAGCGAUAGCAGUGCCCCCUUCAACCUCACUGUCAGCUAUGGGCCAGAAAACAUCGCCAUGGCAGUCACCCCCGCGGCUGAAGUCCAAAAGAAGGGUUCCAACAUUACAUUAACCUGCUCAGCCCAGUCCAGCCCUGCGGCAGUGAUUCAGUGGAUCCACAAUGGAGUCCCGCUCAAUGUGAUGGGCCCCAAGCUGGUACUGGCCAACAUUGCCGAGGCACAGAGUGGAAACUACUCCUGCAUGGCCAGCAAUGCCAAAACCUUGCGAUACCUGGAAUCCACCACAGCCAAGUUCACUGUAGUAGAGGCCCUAUCCGGCACUAAGAUCACAGGCCCCAAUGGAACGCUCGUUGCAGGUAACAGCACGGCCACCCUGAGCUGCCAGGCAAGCGCCGGCACCGCCGGCACCCGAGUGUGGCUGAAGAAUGGCGUGGCACUGUCUCCUAGCAACAGGGUCGUGGUCUCGGCAGACAAGAGCUCGGUCACGAUCAAGCCAGUGCAGAAGGAGGACAGUGGGGAGUACCAGUGCAAGCUGACCAAUGCUGUGAACACAGACUCUGCCAGUCUCAAGAUAGGGGUCAACUUUGGUCCUGAGGCUGUGUCGGUGAAGGGGGAUAGUGCCGUGGAGGUGAAAGACCGUGUCUCGCUCAAGUGUACCUCAGUCUCCCUCCCUGCUGCCACCUACACCUGGAAGUUCAACGGGACGCGGACCGACGUGAUGACAGCCGAGUACAUCAUCGACGCCGCCGUGUACAAGAACACUGGGAUUUACACCUGUGAAGCCAGCAACGCCGUCACCGGGUUGAGCACCGCUGUCGCCCACCAGCUGUCCGUCAAAGAGGAGGGAACACUGGAUAAUGGUCUGACGGGCGGGCAGAUCACUGGGAUCGUCAUCGGCGUGAUUAUCGCCCUAGGGGCCAUCAUCGGUGGAGUCCUCUACCUGAGACGCAGAAAAAGACAUAUCGAGUCGCCGUACUAGAAGUGCCCCGAGGAAAGCUGGAGCUAUCAGCCCAAAGAAUCAGCCAAUUAUUCCCCUCAAGAUCAAUCUCUGCAGUCGGGAAGACCACUCAGGUGGAAACCUCCCCCCAGGUCUGUCCAGCCAUACAAGCUAUUCAUCACAAAGUCCAUAUAACCCCAGGGGUCACAACAUCACCCUCUCCAAAAACACUCACACAUCAGAAGACAUGGUCAUCUCUGUUGAAAAUGGUUGAGUCCUUGGGCUUGGAUUGGACCCGAAAGCACCAACACAUCUAUCCCAUCUAACGUCUGUAUGGACUUAUUUUCCUUCACACACCAUCCCUCCUCUCCAUCCAUCCCAUUGGCUAAGGUAAACAGCUUCCAACAUUCCCUGAGAUGCUGACUCUUUCCUUUUUUUAUAAAACAGGAAUGUCAUUGCUUACAUUAAUUUCUCCACACAUUCCUUGGGAAGUGAAUCGCAUCAUAAUAGACUUGAGUGGUGGUGAGAAACUGGGGGAGGAUCUAGUGGUGUAAUACACUGGAGUCCCAGGGGACUGUAGGGCUUAGUCACUUGGUCCCUCCUCACUGAGCACACUCAUCAAGGCGAAUGGGCAAGUAUCGUCUGAAUCUUUCAAACAGCUGACGGACACAGGUUCAUAAAUCUGACGUUGCCACAGACAGGUGUCUGCCUGAUCCCGAGGAUUGCUCCCCCCCUUCUUCUUUUCCGUCUUUACCUCUACAAGAUCUGCUCGUAAGAACUUAAUGAAGACGGCGAUGACAAGAUCCAACACGCAGCAAAUAUUCAGGGGGGAAGAAAAAAAAAAGGUAGGAAUGUUUUUGUGGGCAAAGACAUUCUUUGGUUUUGGAGGGAAAAUGUGUGUGCUUCAGGGCUGUACUGCUUAGUUCUGUUAUUUGCUAUAUUCCACUUUUCAAAUGUUUUAAUCAUUUGGCCUUUUGUAGUUUAAACCCCCAAAAAGACAAAUCUAUGUUUUUAGAAACAUGAAUGAACAAGUGACAUUUUAUGUUAACUGUAACACAACCCCUUUUGACCUGCUUUUUAGCUUUGUUUUUGUCACUAGUGUUUUUUGAACCCUCCGAUGAAUACAUUAAGCUGAUGGUGUUUUUUUAAAUCCAAUGAAUGAUAAUAAGUUGUUUGACAGCACACACAGGUACAGUAUGUGACAACCAGUCAUACACACCUUCAAUUAAAUCACACAGAACUAUGGGUUAAGAGUUAUUUUAUCUGUUACGUUUUCUCCCACCAUCUAAAGUCAAUGGGGGGGGUUUGUGUGGCAUAAACAGUACAGGGCAGUUACUCUAGUAGGCCUGGUAAUGUCACUUGGCUGUGGAAGGUGUUUACUCUUGUGGUUUGACCUAUUCUGUUAAAACAUGUAAUUACAUCAAGCAUUCCUUAUAUUCAAACAGAAAGACAGAUGCACAGACACCAGAACUUGAGCACGGUAACCAAAUACACUGAACAAAAAUUUAAACGCAACAUGUUAAGUGCUGGUCCCAUUAACUGAAAUUCAUUAACUGAAAAAAAUAUCCCAGAAAUGUUCCAUACACACACUCAAAAAGCUUAUUUCUCUCAAAUGUUGUGCACAAAUUUGUUAACAUCCCUGUUAGUGAAAAUUGUAUCCUUUGUCAAGAUAAUCCAUCCACCAGACAGGUGUGGCAUAUCAGGAAACUAAUCAAACAGCAUGAUCAUUCCACAGGUGCAUCUUGUGCUGGGGACAAUAAAAGGCCACUCGAAAAUGUGCAGUUUUGUCACACAACACAAUGCCACAGAUGUCUCAAGUUUUGAGAGAGCGUGCAAUUGGCAUGCUGACUACAGGAAUGUCCACCAGAACUGUUGUCAGAGAAUUGAAUAAGCCGCCCCCAACGUCGUUUUAGAGAAUUUGGCAGAAACUCAUUCCGAUUGGCUGGGCCUGGCUCCCCAGUGUGUGGGCCUAUGUCAUGUGGCUGCGCCCAUGCCCAGUCAUGUGAAAUCCCUAUAUUAGGGCCUUUAGAAUUUAUUUUAAUUGACUGAUUUCCUUAUAUGAACUGUAACUCAGUAAAAUCUUAGAAAUUGUUGCGUGUUGCGUUUAUAGUCUUGUUCAGCAGGUACACUGGUCAAAAUGGGUCCAGCCACUGCAUGUACUAGUCAUUAGUUUUCAUAGAGAUCUAAGUAAGAAACUUGAUUGCCUGAGGAAGAAUGAGAUUGUUGGUUUAGUUCUUGAAGAUAAACAGGGAGAAAUUGACACCUUUUACCUGAAGUGUUUUAGUGAAAAAUGGAAGAGCAAUAAGCCUUUGUAAAUAUGAUUUACUUUAUGUAAAUGUAUACUGUAAUAAACAUUGUAUUUUUUAGGCUUGACAUUCUGUUGUCUAUUUGGGGUUUCUUGCUUUAUCUUAAUUUGAAUAUUUCAAAUGUCAGAAGCUUUCUCAGGUUGUUUACAGAAAGGUGUAUUAUUCUUUAAGGACUGACCAGCCUAUAUUCAUUCACCAUUUUCUUCUUGUAUGGACACGCCUCUGAGAUGUUUUCUUUUUUUGUUUUAUUUAUUCUUCCGUCCUUUUACUGUACUGCCACCUGUGUUUUGUUACAGUCUUGCUUCUUUGCAAAUGGAACUCUCCUACCUAUGUCUCGCUAGCCAACCGCCAACCUCUAAACAGCCAAUCACACACCCCUCUCUCUCUCUCUCUCUCUCUCUCUCUCUCUCUCUCUCUCUCUCUCUCUCUCUCUCUCUCUCUCUCUCUCUCUCUCUCUCUCUCUCUCUCUGGUUUUGGAAUGACACAGAACAUAAAGGCGGUCUUGCUGCAGUUGGUGUGUGUAUGCAAUGGUGCUCUCCUCUCCUGCCACCCCCCCCCCCCACCCCCCCACUGUUUCUUCACAGAUAUGGCUCAGAAAAAAAGAAAGAAACAAUGUAAAAACCUGCUUUAACAGAGAAAGAGAAUCCCUGCAGUGGGCAUGUUGUGAGCUCAGGGUGAGAAACCGACACCCUGAGCUCAGGGGUGGGUUAAUUAAAGCAUCCAUAUUUUAUCUGAACCAUAAUGGACUGGAUUUGAAUCCACACAUUUACAUUUGAACUGGAUUUGAUCCUCUUGCAGACGCGUUCAUAUAAAAUGAACUAACCUGUCUAGAGUAAUUGGGACGGGAAUACGAAUGCACUGUUGGAUGAACAAACACUACAAGGUGCAGGAUGCUCUUGGUGGUGACCAGUCUAUCAAGUUCAUUUGCCUUGAGUCAACAAUGGCUUUUUUAUUAUUUACUUUUGGUCUGGUUGGGUGUUAAAACAAUGGGACAACUGUAUCACUGUACUUGAAUCUAAACGAAAACUCAAUAAAAUGUAAGUGUACAAAAAUA